AUGUCACUUAACGGAAAGGUCGUCCUCGUCACAGGCGGUUCCAAAGGAAUUGGAAAAGCAGUCGCCGAGCGUGUUGUCGCCGACGGUGCGAGUGUUGUAAUCAACUACUCCAGCGACAGCAAGCCUGCGGAAAAUCUUGUCAUUAAGAUAGGCUCCGACAGGGCCCUUGCUUUCAAAGCUGAUGUCUCGAAUAUCGCUGAGAUCGAGAAGCUGGUGCAAGCGACAGUUGAGAAGUUCGGCAAGAUCGAUUGCUUAAUGGCAAAUGCUGCAUGCGCUCCCAUGAAUGAUCUCGAGAGUACAACAGAGGAAGGCUUCGAUAAGGCCUUUAAUCUUAACGUGAAGGGACCUUACUUUCUUGUUCAAAAAGCAGUUAAGCAUAUGCCGCGAGACGGCCGAGUCAUCCUCGUAUCAAGCGGUGUUCUUCACCAAUCACAAGUAGCACCUCGCUACCUACUUUACGCGUCCUCCAAAGGCUCCAUUGAGCAGAUGACACGUAUUCUUGCUAAAGACUUGGGACCCAAGGGUAUCACUGUCAAUGCUAUCGCCCCUGGUCCGACAGCCACAGAAAUGUUCUUCCAGGGUAAAUCGCAGGAACUCAUCGAUACUAUCGCCGGUUUCAGUCCUCUUGGACGCCUAGGGAAACCAGAGGAAAUUGCUGGUUUAGCUGCUUUUCUUGCUGGUCCAACUAGUUCCUGGGUGUCUGGGCAGGUCAUCGGGGCUAAUGGAGGUUCUUUUGUUUAA